GGCUUAGGGGGAGCGCAUCGCCUCUUUUGCAAGCCGCAGGGCCACCACCAGCGCGUGAGCCUUGGAUCCCUCAACGUAUUGCGAGACGCCGGUGUAUAGCCCGGACCUGUGCCCCAACAUGAUCGCCGCUCAGGCCAAGCUGGUUUACCAGCUCAAUAAAUACUACACGGAGCGCUGCCAAGCGCGCAAGGCGGCCAUCGCCAAGACCAUCCGAGAGGUCUGUAAGGUGGUCUCGGACGUGCUCAAGGAAGUGGAGGUGCAGGAGCCUCGCUUCAUCAGCUCCCUGAGUGAGAUCGAUGCCCGCUACGAGGGGCUGGAGGUCAUCUCGCCCACAGAAUUCGAGGUGGUGCUCUACCUAAACCAAAUGGGCGUCUUCAACUUCGUGGACGACGGCUCCCUGCCCGGCUGCGCGGUGCUCAAACUGAGCGAUGGUCGGAAGCGGAGCAUGUCUCUCUGGGUAGAGUUCAUCACGGCGUCCGGCUACCUCUCCGCGCGCAAGAUCCGUUCACGUUUCCAGACGCUGGUGGCUCAGGCAGUGGACAAGUGCAGCUACCGGGAUGUGGUCAAGAUGAUCGCGGACACCAGCGAGGUCAAGUUGCGCAUCAGGGAGCGCUACGUGGUGCAAAUCACCCCGGCGUUCAAGUGCACCGGUAUCUGGCCUCGCAGUGCGGCACAGUGGCCUAUGCCUCACAUCCCCUGGCCUGGCCCCAAUCGGGUGGCCGAGGUCAAGGCCGAAGGGUUCAACUUGCUCUCCAAGGAGUGCUACUCGCUGACCGGGAAGCAGAGCUCCGCGGAGAGCGACGCCUGGGUGCUACAGUUCGGGGAGGCUGAGAACCGCCUGCUGAUGGGCGGCUGCCGAAACAAGUGUCUGUCGGUGCUGAAGACGCUGCGGGACCGCCACCUGGAGCUGCCAGGACAGCCGCUCAACAACUACCACAUGAAGACGCUGCUGCUGUACGAGUGCGAGAAACACCCGCGGGAAACGGACUGGGACGAGGCAUGCCUGGGCGACCGGCUCAAUGGCAUUCUGCUGCAGCUCAUCUCCUGCCUGCAGUGUCGCCGCUGCCCCCACUACUUUCUGCCCAACCUCGACCUCUUCCAGGGCAAGCCCCAUUCGGCCCUGGAGAGCGCUGCCAAGCAGACCUGGAGGUUGGCCAGGGAAAUUCUCACCAAUCCCAAAAGCCUGGACAAACUAUAGGGUGCUGGGGACUGCUUGAAAAGCGACACAAACGGGAAUGCUCUCAGCCACCCAACACCCACACGACAAACAGCGGAAACUCCGGACACAAACUUUUCUGUCAGCCACCUGAAAGCAGCCACCACCCAAAGCAGCAGACCUUCGUGAAUUCACGAGCCAACAAAAGAGAGCAACCCAAGCAACAAACCAAGCCACACGAAAUCACAUUC